UGGAGGGUUGGAUUUGCGUGAGUGGGGCUGGAUCUUGCGCAGGCUGCCUCUGUGCGGUGAUACAGCUCGCAGAGCGGCUGUGCGGAAGUUCUUUCAUCCGUGUAGCAGAAGGGGCUUCGCCCUCGCGAAUAUUGUCGACUGAACUUCAUGCUUUAUAUUACGGCAGAAACGGUGGAACUUCCGAACUAGUGCCCUGCAACUCAACCACUUGUUCGUAAAUUGGAAACACCCAUUGUUUUCGGCGCAGGGUGAUGGCGCGGCCCAGCCACAGCGAGCAUGUCCUGCAGCAGCUCAACAACCAACGGGAAUGGGGCUUCCUGUGCGACUGCUGCAUCACCAUCGGCGACACCUACUUCCGGGCCCACAAGGCCGUGCUGGCGGCCUGCAGCUCCUACUUCCGCAUGCUCUUCAUCCGCGACCAGCUGCAGGCCUCCGCCGCCCGCCUGGACCUCAGCAACAUGCAGAUCAGCGCCGAGUGCUUCGACCUGAUCCUGCAGCUCAUGUACCUGGGCCGCAUCAUGGUGGGCCACUACGAGUUCGAGGAGCUCAAGGCCUCCAUGGCCUACCUGCAGAUGUACUACAUCCCGGACUCGCUGGAGGAUCUGCGGGACAUCCGCACCUCGAAUCUCACCCCGUCGUCUUGCGCCUCGUCGUCCUCUUCGUCCAGCUCGUCUUCGACGUCCAGCGUGGUCGCCGGGAAGAUGAUCUUCGGGGUGCGCAUGUUUGAACAGAGCAGCAGGCCCAACAACAACGCCCAGUCGUCGUCAGAGCAACAGGAGAACCUUCCGUCCAAGGUUCCCGCUGCUGCCGUCGCCGGCACGAGACCAAGCCUGAGCGUGUCCACUGUCAGGCCGGUGGAGGACGUCCUUCUACCCCUGCCUCCUGUUCCUGUCGCGGAGAGCGCCGUCAACGAGCAGCCGUGCGAUCUGAGGAAGAGAGGGUCGGGACGGAGCGCCACGUUCAAGGAACGACCUCGAUUCGGCCGCACCUACACCUGCGACGACUGCGGUUUCGUCUUCAGUUGUGAGAAGCUGCUCAUUGAACAUAUUCUCACCUGCACCAACCGCAAGGCGUUUCAGGCCCCCAGUGUCCGCACAGAGGCGGAUAACGAGUCCAGCAAAGCAGAGAGCUCGGCCUCGGAGGGCACGGAAGAACACAGAACAAUGUGCAAGGGAGAGGACGACUGGCCCGACCCAAAGUCCGACUCGGAAAUGGUCAUCAGGUCGUUGGCCACGGGGACAGACAACGAGGCCAUCCCCUGCCAGAACGUCACCAUCAAAGAGGAGCAAGAGGACGACGACUCUGAAUCCGAGAUGGAAAACAUCAGCAUCAUCAGAGUGGGCAACCACAGCUUGAAGGGCUGCAGUGUGCGCCUCCGUUCGUACAAGGACGCAGCCAGCAGGAACCAGAAGCGGUUUGACCAAGAAGACCAAGACCAAGACCAAGAAGCCGGCGUCUCAGCCAUGGAAGACGCAGCCGAGGGCUCUAUGGUGGCGAGCGGUGACGAGGGGGGUGGCGCGGUGAGCUCCAAGGGCCUCGCGAUCAAAGAGGAGAAACAGGACGAAGACUCGUCACCCUGCGAACUCUGCGGGGCCAUGCUAACCGAGGAGGACCAGUCGGCCCACUACAUCUCCAGCCACAUGGGCCACAUCUGCGCGUGCGGCAGGUGCGGCCAGGUGCUGAUCAAGGGCCGGCAGCUGCAGGAGCACGCCGAGCGCUGCGGGGAAACUCAGAGCCUCGACCUGGACUCACCCGAGGAGGGCUCUCCGCUUCCAGAGGAUGUCCAGGGCAUGGACGAAGGUCUCCUGGAGGGCUACCGCUGCCCCCUCUGCGGCCUGGUGUUCGAGAGCGAGAGUGUGGCCGUGGAGCACACGCUGGUGUGUCCGGAGCAGGAGCCCUUUCGGCCGUCGCUGCUGGACGAAGGCAGUGAGCUGGACCACCGCCGCAAACACUUCUGCGCCAUCUGCGGCAAGGGGUUCUACCAGCGCUGCCACCUGCGGGAGCACUACACGGUGCACACCAAGGAGAAACAGUUCACCUGCCAGACGUGCGGCAAGCAGUUCCUCCGCGAGCGUCAACUGCGGCUCCACACCGACAUGCACAAGGGCAUGGCGCGCUACGUCUGCCCGGUCUGCGACCAGGGCACUUUCCUCAAGCACGACCACGUCCGCCACAUGAUCUCGCACCUGUCGGCGGGCGAGACCAUCUGCCAGGUGUGCUUCCAGAUCUUUCCCAACAGCGACCUCCUGGACAAGCACAUGGACGUGCACCUGUACAUUUGCGGCGUUUGCGGGGAGAAGUUCCGUCUCCGCAAGGACAUGCGCAGCCAUUACAAUUCAAAACACACCAAGAGACAGUGAAAAGGCCGCUGCUGCCACGCGUGGAUUGUAUUAUAUUGUAAGAUGGUUUGGGAAAAAAAAAAGAAAUCAAAAGAAAAUAAGCCAUACUGUAAAUGUGAGAAUCAAUCUAUGCACUUAUUACACCAAAAAUAACCUAUUCAAAAAAUGCACUUUUAAAUGGUAUGCAUAGUCUAAGUGUGUCUCAGUGUUGUGGAGGAAUAUAGUGCCUCAAUCUUAUGGGUUUUAAGGCCUCUUUUUUUCUACCUAGAAAGUACUGUAUGUGCACGAUUUGAAUAAUGGUUGACAUACUUAAACAUGUCAAACAAACUUUGUAUGUCAAGCACCUUGUUUUUCUCUCUCUAGGUUUUGCAAUGUUUUGUUAAAACGUGUUAAAUAAGUAUGAUUUUUUUUUCUAUAAUGGAUAUUAAUUUCUUUCGUGGCCAAUACAUACGUGACAUCCUUGGUAAUAUUGAUGUCAUUAUAGAUCAUUCUUGCCGAUUUGGUGCUCUUCUGUUGUAGUGUCUGUGUUGAGACAUUUCUGGUGUUGUUGUGACGUGAUAAGUUGGUAAAUUGGACUGUUGAAUUUAGCUAAAGCUGUGUCUGGUACAGACAGGGUCGCUGACAGCUUUGUUCGGACGCAUCUGAAAGGGUCCCCCACCCAAUGCAUACAGUGUAGAGAGGGCCCUCUAUCCCUUGGCCCGGGACAACUGACCCCUUUGUCCCCCCCCCCCGUCGGCUUCCCUGGGUACAAAAGAACUCCUUUUGAGUUGCAUUACAAGGUACUAUCUGGCACUAACUGUAAGACACCAAAACACUAGUGUUGUUGAAAUCGGGGUAGCCCAAAACUAUUCAAAAUACACACUACUCUACUCAGCUGUUCUCUACUACUGUAUUUCUAUUUUUCCAUUAUACAAUGCAGCAGAAUUUCUUUUAUUUCACGCAAUUCAAAAUUGUAAGCUAUACAUAUUUUUAACUAUGCAAUUGGAGUGCAUCACAAAUCAGGCUAAUGCAUAAGCUUACUUAUUUGGUCAUCCGUCAUGCUGUUUUCAGAUCUCAAUCAGUCUCAAGAUUUGAAGCAGGUGCAUCAGUGGUUUAUCAUGGAUUAUUAUUGGCUGAGUGAAAUGGGUUUGAUUGAUGUUAGAACCCGGAGUGCUUAUAAGCAUUUUUUUUUUAUAUUUACAGCAAAAAGACAAUCGCAUCUGUCUCCUCUGUGUCUUACCUUUCGAAUGUUGUGUUUUGUAAAAGGAAUAGUGUUCCCUAGGAUUUUUUUUAACUUUUCAAACUUUUUUAUACUUUUGUGCUUCUGGUUUCAUUAAGCUUUAAUGAGUGUAAAAGAUAUACUGCAGUGUGUCUGCGUUCAGGUCAAUAUUAAAGAGCGUUUUGUUAUUCAAACUAAACAUGGAAGAGCUGCAAGUGUAAUACAGUGUAACAUACGUUUGGUUCAGGAAUAGUUACAGUCUAAUUUCUAUACAUUUUAAUGAGUUUCAUGGUAGAGGCCAACUCUUACAUUGUUACAAGUGCAAUUUGAUCAAAUCAUUGCAGCUGGUUCUCUGCCAUUGAAACGGAAGUUGCAUUUCAGGAGGCUACAUACUGUAGUCUCCUCUGAUUCCAAGUCUACAGUAAGUCCAAGAUUGGUGUCAGCAUGAUCCAGCACUGUUUAGUAGGUUAUGCAGUGUGACUGUGUACUUUGAUAUGUUUUAUUAUUAUUAUUAUUAUUAUUAUUAUUAUUAUUAUUAUUAUUAUUAUUAUCGACAGCAGUGCUUGAUAGCUGGCUUGGCAGUAUUACUGUUAUUGCUGUGAGGUGGCAUCUAUACGUCUACAGAUGCUCCACCUGACCUCACCGUAGGUCUGUAAAUCGUCUUGUGUUGUUGCUGAACCAACUUUACAUUUUCAAGCUCCUGUUAUUCCAAGUUUUGUUCAAGCUAUCCAUACCGUAUACGGUCACUUUCUUGGACAUCAUUUCCCCAACACUUUCACAGUCAUUUGCAGAGAACUCAGGGUUUAGUGAUGUCAAUUGGGAACAUCAUGAAAGGCCAUGCAUGGACAACCUUUGUUUCGCCUUAAAUGAAAGUGGGCUUAUCAAACCAAUUGUCUCCCUAUUAGUGUGGGCCAUACACAUUCUACUAACAUUAAAAAAACUGCAAAAAGUUGUAAUUUCAUUUCCAUGUUGGGCACCGUUUCAUCUACUGUAAUGCAUUUUAGCCGUACUAUGCAGGCAAACAUGGAUAAUCUGUUGUCAAAACAAAACAUCAAACCAUUAUUCUUUCUAUAAACCUAAUGAUAAAAAAGUGUGUACAAAUUGUGCAGCACCUGUAUAGUGUACUGGAGAGAGUGUAAUUUAACUGGGUGUAUGGAGGAAGUGUCACACAUUUAGAAUUAUAUAUCAACACUUCAAUAUACUGUUGUGCUCUUUUAUGAUUUACUUUUCAUUUCUGUGUCAUGCCAGGGGGUAUGUACUAUGGCUAUGCACCAUGGUUAUAUGGAUAUAUAGGUCAAGUGUCAUUUGCUCUAACAAUUACAAAGAUGUCUGUUAAUGUUUACCUUUCGAUAAAGCUUUGUUUUUCAAGCCAUGAAAUAAAAAAUAUGGAUUAACCUGGAAUGGAGGUUUUUUUAGAGCGACUUGUACAUUGCAAAAUAGUGCAUUACUACAU